AUGGCCCAACCCAUUCCAUGCUGUCUCCCUAGAUUUGGCAGUGGCCACGCCGGGCCGAAGCGACCUGCUUCCCUGAGGACCAGAAUAAGUCCUGCGCAGACCGCCCAGCUCCUGUCUGCUUGGGACCAGGAUCAACUGGAUUCUCUCCUCAAGGCUUCCUGGGCCUUAUUGUUACACCACUACACCGGUCUGGAAGACAUCUGCUUCGGCUAUCUUCCAUCCUCAUCAUCCUCAUCCUCAUCAUCAUCAUCCCCUCCUUCGAAUUCUUCUGCUGCACAUAAUGAUCUUAAUCCUCUAAUCUUUAAUCUUUCAGUCGCCGAGGAUGACUCCGUCCACAGCGUUCUGCGCAGAGCAGAGACUAAGCACGAUGACCUCGAGGAUGGUGGCGCUGAGACACGCGCAACCAUCCCCUACCUGCCUUCAACAAAUGGCUACACCUUGUUCAAUACCGUUCUCAUGCUACGCAACUGCCGUCAACCGAUGCAGGAUGCCCAAUCCCCUGCUCUCCAACCAGUCUUGGUGAAUCCCUUACCAGAAGAGUGCCGUGUGAGGCUCCACGUGAAAAUCUUGCAAGAUGAUGUGCGCAUCUUCUUUGAAUACUGGAACCAUGAUAUGUCCACGGAGCACGUAAAGUGCGUCGCCGACUAUUUCGAGCAGAUCCUCUCCCGGGUGCUCUCCCCGGAAGAUACUGCCGCCAGUGACUUGAACCAUUUCUCGGAUCGGGACUGGGCGCGCGUCUGCAGAUUCAACUCGUCCAUGCCGGUGGCCUACGAUCGUUGUAUCCAUGAGGUCAUUCAGGAACAAGUCCUCACUCGCCCGGAAAGUGAAGCUGUCUGUGCUUGGGACGGUAGUUUGACGUACAAAGACCUGGAUCUGUUGUCGUCGCAGGUUGCAUAUCAAUUAUAUGCGCAGGGAGUCCGACCCGAAACAUGCGUCGCUCUCUGCUUCAACAAGUCGAAAUGGAACAUUGUGGCAAUGUUGGGUGUCUUGAAGGCUGGCGGGGCUUUUGUGCCUCUAGAUCCUACGCAUCCUCUUCCUCGCCUCCAAUCCUUGGCCGGAGCCGUAAAGGCCAGAAUCCUGCUGUGUUCUAGAGACCGUGCGCAGGCUUUGAGUGAAGUCACUGAGACCGUGAUUCCUCUCGACCAAGAGACUAUUGAUAGUUUUCCUUCGCCCAGCGAGUCCGCUGGUGCUUUGCCGCAAGUGGAAGGUCGCAACGCUGCCUAUGUGAUUUUCACUUCUGGAUCCACUGGAGAGCCAAAGGGUACGAUGCUUGAACAUCGGGCUUAUGUCUCUGGUGCUAUGGCUCAUGCUCCACCCCACAACAUGUAUUCGACCUCCCGUGUUCUGCAGUUUGCAGCGCACACGUUCGAUGCAAGUCUCGUCGAGAUUCUCACCACCCUGAUAGUGGGCGGAUGUGUUUGUGUUCCGAGCGAGGAGGAGCGUCUGACUGAUAUUGUGAGGGUGAUCAACGAUAUGAAAAUCAACCACGCCAUCUUGACCCCUUCAUUCGUUGAAUUCGUCGAUAUCUCACUGGUACCGGGAUUGGAGACCCUUAUCUUGGCUGGUGAAGCCAUGUCACAAGCUCAAAUGUCGACCUGGUCCAAGAUUCAUCUGAUCAACGCUUACGGCCCAACGGAGAGCUCCGUCGCUGCUGUCGUCAAUUCCAGAGUGACUCCUACCUCGGAUUGCAGAGACAUCGGUCUUCCCGUCGGCGUGCGUUGUUGGGUCGUAGACCCCAACAACCAUGACCAGCUUGUCCCUGUCGGCUGUCCCGGUGAGCUACUACUGGAAGGGCCGACACUUGCCCGUUGCUACCUGAACAAUCCGCAAAAAACGAACGACUCCUUUAUCUACGACCCAGCCUGGACUAAACUUGAUGCCACCCACAAUGCUAAUCGCAGAAUCUACAAGACGGGGCGUAAAGAUACGCAAGUCAAGUUCCACGGGCAGAGACUGGAGCUAGGAGAGAUCGAAAACCAACUGGUGGCUGAUCCUAACGUCAAACACUGUCUAACAUUCUUGUCGAAGUCCGGUUUCUCAUCCGGUAAACUCGUUGCAGUCCUGUCGCUCUCCGUUCAGUUUGAAGGACAACAGAACUCGAAUGCUGCACCACUCCAACUCCUCGACCCGGCCAGGAAGGCACCCAUCGUUGCGGAAGUUCGCGAAAGAUUGUCAAACCGCCUUCCUACGUACAUGAUCCCGGCCGUGUGGCUCUGUGUCGAAUCGCUGCCCCUGCUCGCAUCAGGAAAACUGGAUAGAAAGGCAACUGCAAAGUGGAUUGGCGAGAUGACAGAGGAUCCGGAUCGGCAGGUUCUUGCUUUGGAAAAUGCCGAGGCGGCAAUGCUUCCCACCAGCACCACCGAGGAACAGCUUGCUUCAAUCUGGAGCCGUGUUCUCAAUAUUCCCAGGAGCCAGAUUGGAGUGAACCAAGGAUUCCUGAGCCUGGGUGGCGACUCCAUCGCGGCGAUCACUUGUCUGGGCUAUUGUAAGAAACAGGGGAUGGGUUUGACGGUACAGGAGGUACUUCACAGUAAGUCUAUCAGAGAAUUGGCGACACGUGUGAAGCGGAUCGACCAGUCAAUCGUGUAUGAAGAGGAGGUUGAGAAGCCCUUCGAUCUUUCCCCCAUCCAGAAGCUUCAUUUCACAGUUCGACACGAAGGGCAAGGUCACUUCAACCAGAGUGUUCGCACACGCUUGAACCAGCACAUUGAGGAACAUGAUCUGCGCCGGGCUGUUGAGAUGAUCAUCAGUCGUCAUUCCAUGCUCCGCUCUCGCCUGGAAGAAAAGAAAGCAGAUGGUAGCUUUCAGCAGCGGAUUACCGAAGAGGUCAAGGGCUCGUACCGCUGGCGCGUACAUGAUGCUGUCAGCCAGGACAAGAUUGAGGAGGCAAUCUCCAAGAGCCAGUCUUCCAUCGAUGUCUUCGUGGGGCCGGUCUUUGCCGUCGAUAUCUUCUGCGAGGACGGCCGUACCAGUCUGCUCUCAUUGGUGGCUCAUCACAUGGUGGUAGACAUUGUUUCUUGGCGUAUCAUCUUGGAAGAUCUGGAAGAUCUACUCCUCAACCCCGAUCAACCCGUCUCGCAGAACGGAUCUCUUCCGUUUCAGAAUUGGUGUCGCCUGCAAGCUGAGCAUUGCCAGGCGCCCGUUGCAACCUUGGAAGAAUUGCCUGAGACCCCGGCGCCAGACUACGCUUACUGGGGGCUCCAACACAAACAAACCACUUACGGCGAUGUCGACUGUGAGACUUUCGAGCUUGACACUGAAAGCACUCGCACUGUCCUGAUGGAUUGUCACCAAAGCCUUGCGACGGAGCCGAUCGACGUUUUCUUGGCCGCCCUCUUGCAUUCUUUUGGACAGACAUUCAAGGAUCGCUCCUUACCUGUCAUUUACAACGAAGGCCAUGGACGCGAGGUCUGGGACUCGAUGAUUGACAUCUCACGUACUGUUGGAUGGUUCACGACGUUAUAUCCUAUCCUUCUGCAGGAGCUGCCGACAGACGACCCAGCUGAGACGGUUGUUCGAGUCAAGGACCUGCGUCGUCGCAUCUCCGAUAAUGGACGACAGGAGUUUGCUCGGCGCGUGUUGACGACUCGUGAGGACGGGAGCUGCCUGCACUAUAGUCCCAUGGAGAUGUCAUUCAACUAUGUGGGCCAGCACCGUGAUUUGCAAAGGAAAGAUGGCCUAUUCCAGCUCAUGGAUCAAAUGGCUGGAGAAACAGGCCGCGGUGGAGGUGCGGCUGAUUUUGGCGCCGAUACCCCCCGAUUCGCGCUGUUCGAGAUCUCUGCCAUGGUGGUCCAAGAUAAGCUUCGCUUCAUCUUCUCCUUUAACAGAUACAUGCAACAUCAAGAACUCAUCAGGGAGUGGGUCGGUUGCUGCCGGUCUCUUCUGAAGUCUAUGGGUGAAAGCCUCCAGACAGUUCCUCCCAAGCCAACUUUGAGCAGCUUCCCUCUACUCAGGCUGACAUACGACGAACUUGAAACCAUUGCCUCGAAGAAACUCCCGGGUGUGGGCAUCGAUUCUAUGCAAAGCGUGGAGGACAUCUACCCUUGCUCGAAGAUGCAGCAGGGUAUCUUACUGAGUCGCUCCAGAGAUACUACACUUUACGCUGUGCACGACACUUUUGAGGUGCUGGGGCUUAGGGGAAAGCCUGAUGUUGAUCGGCUAACAACUGCAUGGAAAAGAGUUGUUGCGUAUCACGGGAUGCUGCGGACAUUAUUUUUGGAGAAUUUGACCAGCAAAGACCUCUUCUGUCAGGUGGUCUUGAAGUCCUACGACUCUCAACCCUGCUAUUUACGCUGUGCAUCUGAGGCAGAUGUGCUACCUACCCUAGAUGCACAGUCACCGGCGGUCUACGAUAACUCUCAUCCGCCGCACCGAUUUACUAUAUGUGAGACGGACAACGGAAAGCUGUUCUGCAGACUUGAGCUCAGCCAUGUCGUUAUGGAUGGUACUUCAAUUUCAAUCAUCGCUCGGGACAUUCAAUUGGCUUAUCAAGGCGAGAUUGAAGAGCCAAAGCCCGAUUUCAAGAAUUAUAUGCAAUAUCUGCGUGGAACGCCACAGGAUGCCAGUGUGGACUACUGGCGCUCCUAUCUUACGGACAUGAAACCAUGCCAUUUCCCCACGCUGAACGAUGGUCAUGUUUCAAUGAGGCAAUUGCGGACGAAGCGACUUAGUCUUCCUUUCUUCAAGGAGUUGAAGAAGAGCUGCGAAGCGCACGGCCUCACGCUACCGACUGCAUUCAGCACCGCCUGGGGAUUGACGGUGCGAUCUUUCUGCAACUCCAAUGAUGUGUCAUUCACCUACCUGGCAUCGUUGAGAGACGUUCCUGUGGAGGGAAUCGAGUCCGUUGUCGACAUCCUGUCUGGUGUUCAGGACGACAAUAUCAAAAACCUGCCUUACCGACAUCUUUCGCUAGUCGAUAUUCAGCAAGCCCUUGGACUCUCGGAUUCCUUAGUGAACAGCGGAAUUUCCUACCGAAAACUCCCGAAUGCGACAGGAUCGGCAAGAGAAGAGAUUCGACUCUCAGAAGUGGGAACCAUCCAUGAUCCUGCCGAGUCUCCGGUCUUCAUUAAUGUCGAAGCCACCGAUGAAGACGCCAACAUUGAUCUGAAUCACUGGACGGAUCACCUUUCCGUUGGACAAGCCGAGCAUGUUGCCAGCACAUUCCUCAAGUCUCUUGAGAACAUUGCAUUUCACGUCAGCGAGAAUGUCCACAAACUUGAUCACUUCAGCGAAGUGAACAAGCGACAGAUCGAGGUCUGGAAUAAACAUAUGCCUGGCGCUGUGGAUAUCUGCAUCCAUGAGAUGGUCGAGGCGUACGCCAAGUCCACGCCGGAUUCCCCUGCCGUUACUGCGUGGGAUGGAACCUUCAAUUACUUUCAAGUCAACGAGCUGUCCUCGAUCCUUGCAGCUUAUCUUAUCAAGUUGGGUGUAAGCCCCGGCGACAUUGUCCCGAUUGUCUUUGACAAAUCCGCCUGGAUGAUUGUCGCGAUUUUGGCUAUCUCCAAAGCUGGAGGAGUCUGCGUUCCGCUGGAUACUCAUGUCCAGCAUCACAUUGAUGACUGGUCGGUUAUGGAUGAGGCCCAAGUUGCUCUCGCAUCUCCAGCUCGUGCGCAGCUGCUGGAAGGAAAUGUCCCAUACGUCAUCCCGGUGGAAGAGACUCUAUUCAGUGUCUUGCCCAACACAGAUGCUAGCUCGCAGUCAUCUGCUGUUCCUUCGCAGGAUGGAUACGUGGUAUUCACUACCCUGAGUUCCAAAGCAGUUGUUCUCAGCCACAGAGCGAUCAUGAGCCGGGCCAAGUUCUUCGCAUCCGAGCUCAGAUUAAACAACAAGAAUCGGAUGUUCCAGUCGGCUCCUUAUACCUCAGACAUGUUCCUACAAGAGACUUUCGGUACUUUAUUGGCUGGUGGCAGUGUCUGUAUCUCAUCCGAGACCAGCUCGCAAGAUCUCGCACGUGAACUUAAGAAGCUGCGAGCAAAUGCCAUGACCCUUGCUACAUCAGGCGCUCUGAGCCUAAAGCCAGCGAGCUUUGCUGGCGUGGAAGUAAUCGCUUUGUGGGGUGAAUGUCUAACAAAGAAGCUGAUUGAUACUCUGUCCAAGAGAGUCAAAAUUCAUGCCUUCUACGGAACAACCGAAUCUUCCUCGGCUUGCAUUAAGACCUCCGCCCUGGAGACGUCUGAUGGUCUUCCCACCAUCGGAUCUACUGUCGGAUGUAUCUCGUGGUUAAUUGAUCCCAACAACUCCAAUGUCCUCGUUCCGGUAGGAUGUGUCGGAGAAAUUGUCAUCGAGGGCCCAUGUCUCGCUACCGGUUACCUCAAUGACGAGGAACAAACGAAGGAACACUUCAUCAAGAGUCCGCAAUGGAGCCUGAGCCAAGACAACGAGACCACCGAAGGCUCCGAAUCAGCACGUUGGUUGUUCAAGACGGGAGACCUUGCUCGUUACAACUCCGAUGGUUCUCUUGUAUACGUAGGCAAGAAAGAUGGAGGCAGCUGUACGAGCCUCUUGCAGAUUGAGCAACGCAUGGCCCUCCUGACCUCCCUGAGCACCCCCUACGCUGUCGAAAGCAUUAUUCAGAGAAGCGGUCAAGAAUCCAGGGAGACUCUGGCCGUGUUCCUGUUUGAUGGCUCGAAUGUCCAGGUUGACGGAGACCACUUGAUUGCUCCAAUGAGUCCUGAGUUCCAUGAGAAGGCAAUCAAGUUGCAUGCUCAGCUAUCGCAUCAAUUGCCUGCAGACCAAGUUCCGAGGUUCUACUUCCAGGUACCGAAGAUGCCACUUACAUCUAAUGGUAAACUGGACCGCCAGAUUUUGAAGCACGCUUCCCUGAAUUUGCCGGAGGCUGCUCGGGCUGCGUUUGACAUCAAGGGAUACAGUGACUUCUGGAGAACCCAACUAUUCGAAUCAUCUCAGCCCGAGCAGUUUCCUUCUCGUGCGGCCUCAUCUGAGACACACUCUGCGAAGUACGGAAAGCGAAGCGUGCAGGUUUCCUGGGGCGCCCCUAUUGAAUCGUUCAAGACAGGUCGCAGAUCUGCCAUUCUUUGCGCAUGGGCUCUGACUAUGCAUGGCUAUAGCAAAUCUGAUGAUGUAAUCUUUGGCGAGUUAGUUUCGGGUGCGAAGACUCCAAUUGAGGAAAUGCAUCUCGCGACCGUUGUCCCCCGUCGCUUCCAAAUUGACAGCGACUCCACUGUUACGGAACUAUUGGAGAAGACUGGAGUCAGCGUGGCUGCGGCUCAACCAUACCAGUGGGCAGGUCUUUGCCGCAUCCAGAGUCUCAACGCCGAUACUGCACGCGCUUGUACUUUAGGCAGCUUGCUUUCGGUGAUAGAUGAAACUGCAUGCUCAGAGUCGGGGACACACGUUGAUGCCCAGAAUCAGGACGAGGUCACUUCCUUCCCAUUGCUUGUUCAAUGUGCCGUUGAAAGUGAGAAGUUGGAAUUGGCUGUCCGGUUUGAUGAAUCAUCUCUCAAUGCUAGUCAAGUCGAACGCUUGAUGGCUCAAUUUGUUUCUUGUCUGCGGCUUCUGAACACAGAAGUGCACAUGCAACAGAAGAUCGCAAGCCUUUUGAGCUCCAACCAAGGGCUCCCCACCUUUCAGAAUAGCGUCUCAAAGUGGAAGGAAUACCUGGCGGACAUCGAAUCGUGCCUAUUCCCGGUUCUUUGUGUGCAUUCGACUGAAGAUGCACGGGCUCAGAAGACCCUGACUCUCAAGGGAACAAACAAGCUGCGAGAGUUCUGUGAGAGUAACGAUGUCCCGUUGUCUUCACUCAUCCAAGUUGCUUGGGGCUUGCUUCUACGUUGCUACACCGGCAUGGAAGACGUAUCCUUCGGGAUCUUGCCACCUGCGAACGAUGACGCCGAUCGUUUCAAAUUCUCUGAUAAGAUCCCUUCAUGUCAAGUCCUUGCUUGCAGACUGAAGCUCAUGGACCGCGUGACAAUCGAGCAGGCUAUAUUGCAGAGAAUCGGCGAUAUUGAGCAAAUGUUGGAGCACCAAUUACCUUUCAAAGAAAUCCAGCAAGAGAUUGGGUUCGAAGACUCCAUUUACAACACUGUGGUGAGAUGUCAGGGCGCCGCCGCGGAUGCGGAUUUGAGUGAAUUCAUGAUCGCUGUGAAUCUAGAUUCCCUGGAGACCACUGGUGAUCUUUCAUUCGAGUACUCUACUAAGAGUAUCUCGCAUGCUGAUAUGGAGGGUAUCAUCGAUAAUUUCAACCACAUCCUGGAUUCUGUCGUUCACGCCUCUCCGCAGCACAGCAUCUGUGAUAUUGACCUCCUCAGCGAACGUUCGUGCCAGAAGCUGUGCGAGUGGAAUGCGAACCUGGAAGAUCGUCCUGAGCAAUGUGCGCAUGAGAUCAUUCAUCAGUACGCAUUGACUGAUCCCACAGCGCCUGCCAUCUGUUCUUGGGACGGUGAUUUCACGUAUGGCGAGGUUGAUGUUUUGUCAAGCCGACUCGCAGAACACUUGGCAGUGUUGGGUGUCAAGCCUGAGGUGUUUGUGGCAUUGUUCUUUGAGAAAUCAGCAUGGACUAUCAUUGCACAGCUUGCUGUUUUGAAGGCUGGCGGUGCCUUUGCCUCACUCGACCCUACUCAUCCUACUGAUCGUUUGCGUGGCAUGGUUGGAGAUCUCGGAACCGAUAUCAUCCUUUGCUGCGAAAAGUAUCAGGAGAAGGCCUCUAUCAUUUGUGAAUCGUCCUUUGUUGUCACCAGAGAUACAAUUGAGCAGCUGCCCGAACACGCAUCCUCGCAGAUCCAACCUGCCAACGUGAACAACCCGGCCUAUGUUAUUUUCACCUCUGGAACCACAGGAAAACCAAAGGUUACGGUGUUGGAGCAUGUUGGACUGAGCCUAGCAACUUCUGGUCUCGCCAAGGGUCUCCUGAUGGAUACUAGACCUCGCGUACUACAGUUUUCAAGCUAUACCUUCGAUGUUAGCGUACUCGAGAUUAUUGUUGCUCUCGCCAACGGCGGCUGUGUCUGCGUCCCAAGCGAAGAGGAGCGCAUUAACGAUCUGGCAGGAGCGAUCGAGAGGAUGCAGGCCAACUUCAUGUGCUGCACUCCGUCCAUUGCAAACACCUUAGAUCCUAAGACUAUCCCGAGUCUGACUACACUUGCUGCAGGUGGAGAGAAGAUGUCGCAGGAUUUCUUGGAGCGCUGGUCGGACAGGUGUAUCAUUAACGCUUACGGGCCUUCUGAGGCAACUAUCGCAGCAACUGCAGGAAUCAAAAGAGACCCAACAGGAAAGCUUGUUAGCAGAGAUGGUGCCUCGAUUGGCACUGCGAUCCUGGGCAGAACCUGGAUUGUCGAUGUCCGGAACCACAACCGGCUUGUUCCUGUUGGUGCAGUUGGAGAAUUGGUGAUCGAGGGCUGCAAUGUCGCCCGCGGCUACCUUCACAACGAAGAAAAGACCAAGGCGGUCUUCAUCAGAAAUCCAGAGUGGGCAAAUAGGGAUGAACUGAGAGCGAUUUUCCCACGCAAAGAACGCAUGUACCGCACCGGAGAUUUGGUGCGCUACAACCAUGAUGGAUCCAUCGCGUUCAUCUCGCGUAUUGAUACACAGGUGAAGCUCAACGGUGUACGAAUCGAAUUAGGUGAAGUGGAACAGGUGUGUGUUCGUAACCUACCUGAAGCCACCCAGGUAGCUGUCGAAGUUGUUGCUCCAGAAUCGAAGGUUGUUGGGAAGUGCCUGGCAGCUUUCUUCACGGUGGGUGGUCACAGUGCUGAGAACGAGAAUGACUUGAUCAUUUCAAUGAAUGAAUCCUUGGUGGAGAUUGUCAAGCAGCUGCAUGAAACCAUGACCAAGUCGCUUCCUCCGGCAAUGUUGCCAAAACUGUUCUUCCCUCUUCAUCGUCUGCCGCUUGGAUCUACCGGCAAGACUGACCGCAGAGCCCUUCGAGCCAUGGUUGAUGCUCUUCCCAAGGAGCGAUUGAAGCCCUACCUUAUUUUCAAUACUGGCAAAAAAAGCAGUGCCGAUGUGGAAAUGAAAGGGACUGAAGGAGUCCUCCGGGGUCUCUGGGAGAAAGCCCUCAACCUCGCGCCAAACUCUGUUACUGCGGAGGACAAUUUCUUUGGUCUGGGUGGUGACUCGUUCUCGGCCAUGAAACUCGUGGUUGCGGCCUCUGCCGAAGGCCUUUUACUCACGGUUGCCGAUAUCUACAAGACACCUGUUUUCGUGGAUAUGGCCAAGAGUUGUGGAGCUGUGGAGUCCGGCUCGGUUGUGGAGAAGAUCGAGCCCUUCAGUUUGCUGCCUACUUCUGUCACGCAAGAAGAGAUCCUUGAUGAGGUCACUGAGCAGUGCUCCGUGCCCAAGCCGAUGAUAGCUGACCUGUACCCGUGCAGUCCGGUGCAGGAGGGCUUGCUCACGCUUUCCAUUAAGCAACAAGGCUCUUACAUCGCUCGACCUGUCUUCCAACUUGCGGAGGAUGUGGACCUCGAAAAAUUCAAGAAUGCCUGGCAGCAGACUGUCGAUGAAAUGGAGAUUCUGCGCACUCGAGUUGUACAUACUGAGACUGCCAACUUCCUCCAGGCUGUACUCGCAGAGGCGCCCAUCACAUGGGAUCACGCGGAGAACUUUGAUACGCUUACCAAUGAGGGCUUCGACCUAUCAAAGAACGACGGAGGGUCCCUAACUGGGUACGGAAUCGUCGAACCUGAGGAUUCUUCGGAACGUUACUUUGUUUGGACCAUCCACCACGCUCUGUAUGAUGGAUGGAGCGUCUCCCAGAUUUUCAAAAGGGUGGAGGAGAUAUACCUGGAGUCUUCGGCUGCCAGUCGAACCUUGCCCUACAAUCUGUUCAUAAGCCACCUGUUGCACCAAGAUGCCUCAGCAUCCGACGAGUUCUGGAAGAGAUAUCUGUCGAACCUUUCUUCGACUCCGUUCCCGCAAACCAAGGCAUCUUCGGAGGAUGCCAUCCGUGUCGGCAACAGACACUAUAGCUCCGUUGCUCUGCCUAAGGUCGCCAACGGUCUUAGCUUGACCACUCCGGAAUUAAUCCGUGCGGCGUGGGCGUUGAUGAUCUCUGUUCACACGGGAUCUGCGGACGUCUGCUUCGGCGAGACGCUUAUGGGCAGAAACACCGACAUGCCUGGGGCCACGGAUGUUGCUGGCCCAGUCUUGACAACUGUUCCUACCCGGAUUGUGGUGGACAAUGAUGUCGAGCUCGUUCAGUACCUGCAGAGUGUGCGUCAAUUGGCCACUGAUAUGAUUCCACACCAGCAUACUGGACUCCAACGGAUCAGAAAACUCAGCAAAGACACGGCUCUCGCCUGUGAGUUCCAGAAUCUUUUGGUCAUCCAAACGGACGAAGGCCAGCUCAACAAAGACAUCUGGGAAUCGAAGAAUAACCUAACGGAGGGAGACUUUUUCACCCACCCUAUCGUUGUCGAAUGCAAGCUAGGUCAGACUCAAAUUGCAAUCACCAUUCACCACGACGAGCUUGUCUUUGACAGCUGGCAAGCCAAGAUGCUUAUUGGGCAGUUCAGCUUCGUGCUGCAACAGUUGCUCGCCAUUAACAAGGAUGAUUCAAGAAAGGUCGGAGAGUUAGAGGUAUCCAGUCCGGUGGAUAAAAAGGAAAUAGCCUCUUGGAACCAGAGAAAUCCUCCAUGUGUCGACAGAUGUGUCCACCACAUCAUCGAAGAGAAGGCGAAGCUCCGGCCCGAAGCUCAAGCCAUCUGUUCCUGGGAUGGUCAAUUGGCUUACCGGGAACUCAUUCAUCUUUCCUCCGCCUUUGCUGCUUACCUGAGCUCGCGCGGCGUCGGGCCAGAGACUUUGGUGCCGAUCUGCAUGGACAAAUCUCUGUGGGCUGUUGUCACAAUUCUUGGUAUCUUGAUUGCUGGCGGCGCGUUCGUUCCCCUGGACCCCGCCCAUCCUACCUCAAGACACCAAGAGAUUCUGGCUGAAGUGGACGCCCGGGUGGUUCUUUGCUCUCCCAAGUACCAGAGCCGUUAUUCAGGCUCCGUAAAGACCAUCAUUCCGGUUAGCAAGGACACCGUGAAAGCAUAUUGCACCCUUGCGACAUCUAGCACAAAAUCCUCCAGUCGCUCAAUUUCCACAAACAUGGCUUUUGCAAUCUUCACGUCUGGUAGUACCGGUCGUGCUAAGGGUAUUAUCAUUGACCACAAAGCACUUGCAAGCAGUGGCAUGGCAUUUGGACCUAUGGUACAUAUGGACCAAGAUACCAGAGCUUUCCAAUUCGCUUCUCUCACGUUUGAUGCUGCUGUUAUGGAAGUGCUCGUUACGCUCAUGCACGGAGGUUGCGUCUGUAUUCCAAGCGAAGACGAACGUCUGAAUGACGUUGCUGGCGCUAUUAGACGCAUGAACGUCACAUGGUCAUUCCUGACCCCCUCUAUCGCUAGUAUCAUCGAGCCUUCUUCCGUGCCUUCUCUGAAGCAUCUCGUGUGUGGUGGAGAGAAAAUGUCACGCGAAGUAAUUACCAAGUGGGCGCACCGGGUGAAGUUGAUGAACGGCUACGGGCCUACCGAGACAACCAUUUUCGCUGUCAUCAACACUGAUGUUGCCGCUAUUCCUGAACCUGCUUGCAUCGGUUAUGGUAUUCCCUGUACGUUGACCUGGGUCGUUGACCCGGACAACCACAACAAACUGACGCCCUUGGGCGCAGUCGGUGAGCUGGCCUUGGAAGGCCCAGCGCUCGCCAGGGAGUACCUUAAGAAUCCAACAAAGACGGCUGAGUCAUUUGUGAAUGAGCCAGCCUGGAUCAAGAGCUUUCCCGGCUCCUUGCCUGCUCCUAGACGAAUCUACAAGACCGGAGAUCUCGUUAAGUACAACGCCGACGGAACUGUGCAUUACAUCGGCCGCAAGGACCAUCAAGUCAAGCUUCACGGUCAGCGCAUGGAACUUGGCGAGAUUGAGCAUCGUCUGUAUGAGGAUACUCGCGUUCGUCAUGCUGUUGUGCUUCUGCCAUCAACGGGACCUCUCAAGCAACGUCUGGUGACAGUCUUGUCUUUGAACUCGUUGAAAUCCGAAAAGAGCAUCAUCUCAGACAAUGCAUGUGAGCUUGUGUCCAAGAAUCGCUCCACUCAGGCUGCAUACCAUGAGCUAGUCGCCAUCCAGAAAAACCUCGAGUCUCAGUUACCCAUCUACAUGGUUCCCCAAGCCUGGGCUCUUAUCAAGCAGUUGCCGAUGCUUGUCUCUGGAAAGCUCGACAGAAAGCGCAUUACCGCUUGGCUUGAGCGCCUCGAUGACGCCUCGUACGAGCGAAUUAUGCAGGACUACGAUAACAUCAAGCGAGGAGAGGUUGAGGAGGAUAUUGUGGAGGAGGAAGAUAUCGAAUCCUCCACCAAGCUGCUCCGCGGGAUCUUUUCGCAGGUCCUUAACAUGCCAGAGAACAAGGUCGACCCCAACCGUUCUUUCGUUAGCCUUGGUGGUGAUAGUAUCACUGGAAUGGCUGUUGUCUCGCGCGCCCGCAAGCAGGGUCUCACCCUCACCCUUCACAGCGUGCUGCAGAGCAAAUCGAUCAAAGAUCUUGCUCAAGCCUCUGACACCAAGGUCAAGGCUGUCAAAAAUGAGGAGAAGUCUGAUCAGCAUUUCGGACUGUCUCCGAUACAGGAGUUGUACAUGCAGACGGCCGCUAAGUUCAAGGGCGCGGCUCGCUUCAACCAGAGCAUGACGGUGCGUGUCACACGGAAGAUCAAGGCGGAAAAUAUGAAGCAGGCUGUUCGUGCUGUUAUCGAGCAGCAUUCUAUGUUCCGUGCACGAUUCUCGAAGCUCCACGGAAAUUGGCAGCAGAAGAUCAUCGAUGACAUUGAUGCCUCUUAUCGAUUCCGCCUUCACUCUGUGAACAAUGAGAAGGAUAUUUUGCCUUUCAUUGCUGACAGCCAGUGUUCUUUGGAUAUCGAAAAGGGGCCAAUCUUCGCUGCCGACUUGUUCGAGGUUACUGGGGGCCAGCAGAUCCUCUUCCUCACGGCAAGUCAUAUGUGCAUUGACAUGGUGUCGUGGCGCAUUGUCCUGCAGGACAUCCAGGAAUUCCUGGACUCCGGCUCGCUAUCCGGCGAGAAGCCCCUGUCUUUCCAGACUUGGUGCAGUCUUCAGCUCGAGGAAAGCAAGAAAAGCGAGAGCUCUCUUCAGCUACCAUUCUCUGUGCAGCCUCCUAACCUUGGCUACUGGGGCAUAGAUAAAUCGGCAAACUGUUAUGGUCAGGUCAAGAUGGAAGGCUUUACUCUGAGCGCAGCGACGACUGCUGAGAUCCUUAAAUCAUGCAAGGCAGUUCUCCGCACUGAAACUAUUGAAGUCGUGCUCGCUGCUGUGAUCCAGUCUUUCCGCCAGACUUUCACUGAUAGGGAGCUUCCGACAAUCUACAACGAAGGCCACGGUCGUGAAUCUUGGGAUUCAUCCAUUGACCUCUCCAGAACAGUGGGCUGGUUUACAACCAUGUGUCCUCUGCAUAUCGAUGAAAACACAGAUAUCUUAAACACCUUGAAGCAUGUCAAGGAUACAAGACGUCAAGUUUCUAGCAUUAGCCGACCCUACUUCGCCGAGAAUCUUCUCCACAAGAAUGGUUCCGAUUUCCCGGUUCCACUUGAAGUAUUGUUCAACUAUCUCGGUCAGCUUCAGCAGCUCGAACGUGAUGACGCACUAUUUAAGCACCACGGAGAAGCAUUCAACGCCGAGACCUUCGAGCUGGCAGGUGACAUGGGUCCUGAAACGCCACGCUUCGCGCUUUUCGAGAUCUCCGCACUCAUUAUCAAAGACCAGCUGCAGGUCUCCUUUACCUAUAACCGCCACAUGCAGCACGAAUCACGCAUCCGGGGAUGGAUCUCCGAGUGCAAGCGUGUUCUUCAGGAGGAUAUGCUGCGCCUGGGGGAAAGCGUUCCUGAGCCUACACUGAGCGACUAUCCUCUGCUGCCAAUCACCUACCAAGGCCUGAACAACAUGGUCAAAAAUGCCUUCCCUAAGAUUGGAGUCGACCGCUGGGACGAUGUUGAAGAUGUCUACCCCUGUUCACCGGUGCAGGAAGGUAUCUUGCUCAGCCAACUUCGAGACCCACAAGGGUACCUGUUCAACGUUAUUUUUGAAGUGCGUCCCCAAGACACGAGUGGUAAAAUCGACGCCAAGAAGCUUCGCAAGGCUUGGUCCAUGGUAGUCAGCCGUCAUCCCGUUCUAAGGACUGUCUUCAUUGACAGCAACUACAAGGGCGGCUCGUUCGAUCAGGUGGUCACGAAGAGCCUUAAGGAUGAGGUGAUCGAAUUCCAGUGUGACGACUCGGAGGCAUUGGGAACUCUCGACGCUAUCAAGCUUCGAGACAUCAAUGCUGAAAGGUCGACCAAGCUCACCCACCAAGUGAGCGUCUGCACCACCUCUGCUGGCCGGGUUCUGCUCAAGAUUGAGAUGAACCAUGCCAUUAUUGACGGUGGAUCAGUGGAUCUGAUUCUGAGAGACUUGACAUUGGCCUACAAUGAUCAACUGCCUGAAGGCUCAGGACCCCACUUCAGCGAGUACAUCAAGUACAUCAAGGGUCAGACUCAAGGCGAAGCCUUGGCACACUGGACGAAAUACCUUUCCGGUGUCCAGCCCUGCCACCUCAAAUUCUCCGGUUCUAGUAACGGUACACGGACGCUUGGUGAGCGUUUCAUGGAUUUCGCCCGCUUCUCUGAGCUGCAAAAGUUCUGCGAAGAACAGUCAAUCACGCUUGCCAACCUGACACUCUGUGCCUGGGCAAUCGUCUUGCAGAGUUGCACUGGUUCGGAUGACGUUUGCUUUGGCUAUCCAGCGGCUGGUCGUGACUCCCCUGUCCCCGGUAUUCAAGACGCGGUGGGUAUCUUCAUCAACAUGCUGUGCUGCAGAGUCAAGUUCAACCCUACAAAGUCGCUCCUUGAGGUUGCCAAGAUGGUGCAGGAUGACUUCAUGAAGAACAUCGCGUAUCAGCAUUGCUCCCUGGCUCAGAUCCAGCACGAGCUUGGGUGGCACGGCAAGUCGCUGUUCAACACCACCCUCUCGAUUCAAAACCGCACUGCCAACAAAGAUGCUGCCAGCCGUUCGAUUGGCUUCGAGAUGCAAAAGGCCUACGACCCUACAGAGUAUCCUGUGACUGUCAAUGUUGAGACAACCAAGGGUCGAGAAGGAAUUCUGCUGAGAUACUGGACCGAUUCCGUGACUGAUGCCCAGGCCAAGAACAUGUCCGAUGCCAUUGCCACGAUCUUCACGUCUUUCGUUGAGAAGCCGUCUAGACUUGUCGCAGAUCUGAACCUGCAUAUGCUGCGUCCGGCUUGUCAAUUCACCAAGGGCCCUCUGAUUGCAGAUCAAAUCAUCGACAACUAUGCCCUGCAGCAAUUGAUCGACAGUCGUGUCAAUGAAAUCAUUGGUAACAUGCUCAAAGAAGGAAAGCUUGCUAUCCCUCUCCUUCAAAGAAGCGAGACAAGAUAUUCCAAUCGCUCUGUCCACGUCAAGAUGGUCGAGGCUUCCAUUCGCGAGCCCAUUGCAGGUGAAACUGAUCUGUCGGAUUCGAUUCCAUCCCUGACCGACGAUGGCUCAAGCUCGAGCGACACCGAAAGACGUCUGUGGGUUCUCUGGAAGUCGACCCUGGGACUCACCUCGGACAACAUUGGCUACCGUGACAGCUUCUUCAAGCUCGGCGGAGAUAGUAUCACCGCGAUGAAGAUGGUCAGCGCUGCCCGCGAGGAGGGAUUGCAGUUGACCGUUGCCGACGUUUUUGGCAACCCCGUGUUCGAGGACAUGCUGGCUAUUGUCACACCUCGAAGCAGCUCGACUUCCAACGCUGAGACACAGGGCGAGAAUAACAUCGAGCAGCUGCUCGAGACCGAUACCCCGGAAGACGCGCACGCUCAGCAGAAAACAAUGCCGCGUCCCAUGGAGCUUGAUGUUAUGUCUCUGCAGGAUGCCAUCUGUCCCAAGAUUGGUAUUUUCAAGGGCGGGAUUGCCGAUGUUCUCCCUGUCACUGAUUUCCAGUCUAUGUCAAUCGCCGCCACUCUGUUCGGAUCCAGGUGGAUGCUCAACUACUUCUUCCUGGAUGGGAAUGGCCCAUUGGAUAUUAGACGACUCCGAGAAAGUUUCCUGCGUGUUGUCGAUGCGUUCGACAUUCUGCGCACCGUCUUCGUUGUCCAUCGGGGACAGUUCUACCAGGUAGUUUUGCGCAAGAUCCAGCCCGAGAUCAUUGUGCACGAGACCGAACAGAGCCUUGAUGAGUACACCGAUGGCCUCCAGAAGCGGGACCGCGAACAAGAUCCGCGUCAAGGUGAGCAGUACGUGCAGUUCUACAUUGUCAAGCAGAAGAAGAGCGACCAGCACCGUAUCCUGAUCCGGAUGUCCCACGCUCAAUUCGACGGUGUCUGUCUGCCCAAGAUCAUGAAUGCUAUUAAGCUGGGCUACGAGGGCAGCACCUUGCCUCCUGUCUUCUCUUUCUCCAACUACAUGCGGAUGCUGCCUGGCAACAUCACACCGGCCCACUACCACCACUGGUCCACGAUUCUCAAGGGCUCGAAAAUGACCCAGAUCAUCCACCGCACGCAACCGAACACUUACCUGCACAUUGGUUCCUUUGCCGAGCACAAGAAGACCAUUAAUCUUCCGUCAACCGCCAUUGGCAAUGUUACGCUAGCGACGGUGAUGCAAUCCGCAUGGGCCAUUACCUUGGCCAAGCUGACUGCCCAAUCUGAUGUCGUCUUCGGACUUACUGUUAACGGCCGCAACGCCAGCGUCCCGGGCAUCGAGACCACGGUGGGACCUUGUCUCAAUAUCUUGCCUAUCAGAGUCAAGUUCCGUGAGCACUGGACUGGCAUCGACUUGUUCCGAUACCUUCAGGAUCAGCAGAUUGCCAACAUGCCGUACGAAUCCCUCGGGUUCCGGGAGAUUAUCCGCAACUGCACCGACUGGCCGAAGAAUACCUACUUCACGACUUCUGUCUUCCACCAAAACGUCGAGUACGAGGGCCAGAUGCAAUUGGACGGCGUCAACUACCGAAUGGGUGGCGUGGGUGUCAUCGAUAAUUUCACGGAUCUCACCCUGGCAUCCAAGUCAUGCGGCUCCGAGAAGCUCGACGUCUCAGUCGGCUACUCGCUCAAGGGACCGAUACCCUCGAGUUUCGUGCUGAAGGCACUUGAGAUGGUGUGUGAGACGGUGCAGAGCCUGAUCGCCAACCCCAGCGUGCCGCUCGCCUCUCCGUCCACCGUCCGCUCCCUGCCUAGCCAGAUCAUCCACGAGGCACCGCGCUCCGACGACACAUCCUUCCAGCUGUCCCGCCUCAACACCCGCAGCAAGGAGGAGCUGCUGAUUCACUCGGACAUCCUGACGCGGACGUGGCAGCAGGUGCUCCCACGCGGCACCACGGACAGCUACCAGCUCGACUCUUCGUUCUUCGACCUGGGCGGCGACAUCAUGAACAUGGCGCAGGUGGUGUGGAUUCUGCAGCAGGAAGGUUUCCAGGUGCGGAUGGAAGAUCUCCUGGAGCACCACACAUUCCUGGGGCAGCUGGCCGUCAUGGCGGAGCACCACAAGCAGCAGCAGCAGAGCAUGGGCGAGGAGACUCUGCCCUCUGCGGGGAGCACUGUCUCGGAGGAGGAGAAGACUGCUUCGCUGGUGAAGAGCAGCAGCUGGAAUUCCCUGGGGAAAGCGGUGACGUUGGCAAAGCGAAUAUCCAAGUGGGGAGGUGUUACCCGGAAGUAGUUGGUGGCGUGAUG